UUACAAGUCUCAAACUCAUGGCCUCAAGUGCCUCCGUCGCUCGUCUUGCUAUCAUUGGAAUUAUGUUCUCUUCCAUCUGCUGGCUCUAUGCGAUUUCUCAAGGCGUCGAUCCUGACGUUAAACGCAUUCUCUGGAGCCACCUUAGCUGUACCAUCUACCCCGCCCUCGUCUACCGAUGGCCAGCUCAUUGAAGGCCAGCGUCAGCCGGAUGUCUGGUACUCCUCGAAUCUGGACGACAGUGAAACCUUCCAAGCUAUUUUAGAAGCAGCCGCAGUAGCUAGCGAUGUCAACAGCACCUCCACGUUGGCCGCCCGCGAACCCAUCAAAGUCUGCGAAAGCGACCUCUCUCGAAUGGCACAAUGCGCCAUGAUCAGCUCCUACGUGUCCACCAUCACAUCCGGUUAGGCGGGCGUGAUCUGGGGUCAAAGCAAAGAGAAGACCUGCGCCAAAAUACCGGCAAUCUCAACGGGUGAGAUUACGAAUAUCAUGGGACCGGGCGCAACUGCGACACGACCGCCCAGAGGGAGACGAUUCACGGCGCGCUGUAACACUAUUUCACCAGCGUCGAGAGCAACAAGGUCUGCGGAGCCCAGUGCUUGAACAUGAACCAUGGCGGUACCUAUAAUAGCUACUUGAAGUUCGGCAAGGCGGAGUGCUUCGAUUCCUCGGCUUACUGUGGCCGCGGGCUUGCUUUUUCUGCUUAUGCUUCAGGAGGGAAU